GCCACUGCGUUCGGCGUGUAGGGGCGUCGUUGCUGCGUGCAAUGUGUAUCGUGUAGGCGUUGGCGAGGAGGAGACAAGUCGGGGAUGUGUCCGUAAAAAAACUUGCGGUUUCUGCGUACUCUGCCGCACGUGCACGCUCGAAAUCGUGUUCCGCGAACCAGGGAUAGCCGACGAAAUUUUAUUAUGAGCCCGUAUCGGCCGGGACUGUCGCGCGAACGGGCCUAACAAUUACGGCCAGGAAAAAAAAGUGCAGCCAGUGCUCCGUAUUCUUUCGUUUCUUACAAAGAGCCACGUAUCGCGCGUGUAUACCUCUGUUUCUUGUCUCUUGAAACGAAGAAAAACGAAUUCAAAAAGGAAAUCGUCGAUCCGACCGGAGGAGAACGAACGACCAAGUACAGAAACGACGCUCGUAUUAGGAUGCCAGGACGUCUUCGAAGGGCCAUUGAGACGACCAGUGUUACUCGCGCGAGUUAAUUUCAAUUCUAUCCGUGAGAGACGAGAUUCGUACAAAGAAAGAAACAGGGCGAGACGGUGGAAAGAAACCCGAGCGGAGAGCGUGUGUACAGGAGAUGUUCGAAAUCUCGAAAAGAGAUCCUGGUGCGGGAGGAUUCGACUAUCAGCGGCUACGAUCGAACGUAUUAUCGCACGCUGGAUUCUUCGGCGUGUGAGACGGCAAUCACCGGUCGUAAGGAUUUCUUCGUGUGAACGCGGCUGACUGUGUGCGUGUUUUUCCCGGCGAGGAAAUCUCGACUCUGCGGCGGCGGCGGCGGUGUCUGCUGGCAUGAGAUUAUAUUGUCGCUCAGUCGGCACGCUUUCGUGGAACUAUCAACGCCGAAUACACACCACGCAAUUCGUACGAUUUUUUGAGCGUAGCAUUUUUCCUUCUCUCUCGAAGGAAAUUGACUGACUGGCGAGAAGAGAAUACGUUCCAAAAAAGUUUUUCCGAGUGGUAUUCGUAUUCUUCCGUUCGCGUUCGAUGCUCAACGAUAGUAUUAUUACACGAGUGACAGUACGAUUCGUACCGACGUAAGAGAAUCCCGAUUCGCGUGCGUGAACGAAUUGUGCAGCAGGAACGUGGUGUGGUGGACAAGGAGGGUGGAUGACGAAUUCGUGUAUUCGUCUCCGGUAUUAAGUCGUGCGUCAAAGCUUCUUGGAAUGUGACGGGUGACUCCCAGCGUGGGAAAUAUCGUAGAAAAGGGGACGUCACCGACUGCUGAGCGGCAAGAGACGAAAAAUCAGCUGGUAUGUCAAAUAAUCAGCUGGUUGACUCCUGUCUCCUGGUGAAUCGUCGGAUCGAGCAGAGACAAGAGCACAGCAUAACGCGCACUGAGAUCACGCAGAGGUGACUAACAUGACUUAAUCAAGCCAACAGAGGUUAGUCAUUCUGAACACGCGUUCUCCAGGAGAAGGGCCCCGACAUGCCGCAAUACACCGGACAGAGUGAUGCAGAUUACCACGGAAGUAACGGCCAGGCGGACACCCAUUCGUUGCAUUCGUCCCAUUUGUCUGUCCAGGAGGAUCCAUUACUCAUACGGAGCCAUAAGCAACAAACCACUCAACAAGUAACGAACGUGUCGAAGGUGGUCCGCGAGGUUUCCCACAUGGAGCCGGAUCCAGGGGCGGUGAGCUACAUGUCGGUGCCGUUGAUGUCUCAGGAUUACCAGCAUGCGGAUCCACGGUAUCCGACCGACUCCUAUAUGGUCGGUUUCGAGCAUUACGAGCCAUAUCUUGGCUAUCCGCCGCAGCCUGGUUACCCGGGUCCUCACGGUAUCUACAUGCCACGCUCGCAUUCUCCUCACAGUCCUCACAGUCCUUCGGAGCACAGUCGUGCAUCACCGCCGCAUGAAUACCUGCGCAAGGCGGCACCAUACGUGGAAGGCGGUUACAACGACAUCGAUCCAGGUCUGAAUCCCGCGUUGCAAGAUCAUUAUCGUAUCACUCCUAGUCCCGGAGGUCCUGGAGAUCAAUAUGAUCAAAUCAGCAACUCUUGGAAUAUGGAUGACUCUGGCGAACCCUCUCAGCAUCCUCAUGACGAGAACAAAGUGGCCUACGGUUACGUGUCUCCGUCCCCCUACGGACCCGUCGGAUACGGCCCUGGCGUCGGCGUGGGUCCAGUGCCAGUUCCUAGCGACAUACCCGCCUACGACGAGGGCCAUCCGGUUCCCUUGACCUCUGGAGUUCCACCGGGCAUGUUCGAGGACGAGGUACACCUUCAACGGUUACAGUCCCGGCAUCCAGUUGUGCCCGGUAUGGCCAGCCCUCUGGACGACGAUCAAAAGUCCAUGAGAUGGAGGGAUCCAAAUCUAUCCGAGGUGAUCGGCUUCCUCAGCAAUCCGAACAAUAUAAUCAAGGCGAAUGCAGCAGCGUAUCUGCAGCAUCUCUGCUACAUGGACGAUCCUAACAAACAAAAGACGCGAAGUCUAGGUGGCAUACCGCCUUUGGUGCAACUGUUGGAUCACGAUAAUCCGGAUGUGUACAGGAACGCUUGUGGUGCGUUGAGGAAUCUGUCGUACGGAAGGCAGAACGACGAGAACAAGAGGGCCAUCAAGAACGCUGGCGGAGUGCCGGCACUGAUCAAUCUUUUACGCAGGACGUCUGAUGCGGACGUGAAGGAGCUGGUCACUGGGGUGCUGUGGAACCUGUCCUCUUGCGAGGAUCUCAAGAAAUCCAUCAUCGACGACGGUGUAACGAUGGUGGUGAACAACAUAAUCAUACCGCACAGUGGCUGGGACCCGAGUUCUUCCAGCGGGGAGACCUGUUGGUCGACCGUGUUCAGAAACGCUUCCGGGGUCUUAAGGAACGUGUCCAGUGCCGGGGAGUACGCGAGGAAGAAGCUGCGCGAAUGUGAGGGUCUGGUCGACGCCUUGUUGUACGUCGUGCGAUCCGCUAUAGAGAAAUCAAACAUCGGCAACAAAAUUGUGGAGAAUUGCGUGUGCAUCCUACGAAACUUGAGCUACCGUUGCCAGGAAGUGGAGGAUCCGAAUUAUGACAAGCAUCCGAUUCAAUCGACGGUGCAGAACAGGGUAGCGGCACCGGCCAAAGGUGAGAACUUGGGCUGCUUUGGUGGUAGCAAAAAGAAAAAGGAUGGUCAGCCAGUUCAGAAGGAGACCACUGCGUCGAGAACCACCAGUCCCAGAACAGAACCUGUCAGAGGCAUGGAACUACUCUGGCAACCAGAAGUGGUCCAGUCCUAUCUGAAACUUCUGCAAACUUGCUCGAACCCAGAGACCCUUGAGGCAGCCGCUGGAGCGCUUCAGAAUCUUGCCGCUUGUUACUGGCAGCCUAGCAUCGAGAUUCGUGCGGCAGUGCGCAAAGAAAAGGGACUUCCUAUCCUGGUAGAGUUGCUGAGAAUGGAGGUGGAUCGUGUGGUCUGCGCAGUGGCCACAGCACUCAGAAAUCUCGCGAUAGAUCAACGCAACAAAGAGCUAAUAGGAAAGUACGCGAUGCGCGACCUGAUACAGAAGUUACCUUCAGGAAACAACCAGCACGACCAGGGUACUAGCGAUGAUACCAUCGCCGCGGUCCUUGCCACUUUAAACGAAGUUAUCAAGAAGAAUGCCGAGUUCUCGAGAUCCCUGUUGGACGCUGGUGGAGUGGAUAGAUUGAUGAACAUCACCAGGCAACGUCAGAAGUACACGCCUCGUGUUCUUAAAUUCGCAGGUCAAGUUUUGUUCACGAUGUGGCAGCAUCAAGAACUGAGGGACGUUUACAAAAAGCACGGAUGGAAGGAGCAAGAUUUCGUAACGAAAACGGUGGCAGCACGAAAUUCAGGGCCUAAUUCACCCAAUAACGCGAAUAGCUAUGAUUGCAGCACACUGAACCGACCUAUGGCGAGCCAAGGGAGCACCAGAUACGAGGAUCGAACGAUUCAAAGGGCGAACAUGAAUUCGAACAACGUUGGACGACCGACUAUCUAUCAGCCACAACCGAAACCCGGUGAGCCGCUCUACGCGCAAGUUAACUUGGAGAAGAAAAAGAAGCGGCAGUAUGAGCUGGGGGUGGGCCAGGGCCAGGGUCAGGGCCCGGUGGUUCCUGGAGUAGGAGUCGCGGCCGGUGCACCCACGGCUGGCCAGUGGGUGGCCGAUGGAGUGGUGGGUGUCCCGGAUGGUUCAGCUAGCACCGCGACGGUGAACGUGCCACCGAACUCGACGGCUGCCUCUGCCGGUGAUUCAUGGGUAUAACAGGGUGUACAGUGUCCAUUGGAAGCCCGGCAAGCUGGUGUCCUAACCUUGAGCCUAGAUUCGCGUUGCCAGCGACAAAUUGGGACUCUGAUGCGCGGGAACUCGGUGCCUGAAAACAUAGUUUCGCCGAGUUCAGCGUAGAAGACCGGAUAGGGCAUUCAGGAUGAAGAUGCGGUUAAUCCAUGGGUACAACAAGAUAUGGUGUCCCUUGAGUCUAGUCUCGUGUCGCCAACAGCACUUGGAUAAUUUGCUGUCUGCAAGAUUGAGGUUCACGUUAAUGAUUUCUGAACGUAACAGGGUGGUCCAGCCGGAUGGUGUCUCCUGAGGUCUAGACUUACGGUAGACAUAGGAGGACUCGGUGUUCGAAAGGUGUUGAAUUUUCAAGAUAGAAGACUGGAUAGGGCAUUGAUGUUGAAGAGAGGAGGGAUAGUGAUGAUCGAACAGAGGGAAACGGAAGACUGAGGACAAGAAGGGUAUAGAGGUGUAUAGAGCUGAGAGGACUUCCUUGAACUUGGAUCUAUCCGGAGAAAUCUAAAAGAAAAGCAUUGCACUCCGCACCCCACGUUUCUUUCGGUGUAAAGUAGGUGGAAAGCGACUUGUCCAACCACAUCCGCAGCAGUAGUCGCACUAAUGGCUCUAAACCUUCAUUGCACAAUUCUAAAUUAAUAUAUGUAUACAUACUAUAUAUAUAUAUGGAUACAUACAUAUGUGUAUGUAUGAUUUAAGGCGGCGCUAUCGAUGGCCGCAGAAGUACUACUAAGAAUAAGUAGACGGUAUUAUUAAUAAUAAUAUAAUUAUUGAUUAUACAGGGUGUCUCUGAUCUGGUGGAACAAUUAGAAAUCUAUAUGAAAGAGUAAGUAGAAAAUAUAGAGCGGUAUUUUUUCGUAUGAAGCUUCAUUACUGAAAAUUUCGAUAAAUUUUCAACUUUGAUUUAUUCAGAAACAAACCAUUCUACGAGAAAAUGUUAUUCUACAUUAUCGAUUUACUUUUCGAUGUAAAAUCAUCUCCCUUUUGAUUAUGCCACCAGAUUGAAAGCAUCCCGUAGAAACACGGUGCUCGCAUCGUGGCUAUAAAUACAGGACGGUAUAAGUGAAUGAAUAUAUAAAUAUAUUAUAGAGACACACAUUAUAUACACACGCGUACGCGUAUCGAUUACUACAUUAUUGUAUUAUGUAAACUUCUGAGGCUGUGGGUGUGGCAUAUUACGAGGAUGCCGAACAUUAGCGAGCUGCAAUUCGUUUCUUCCGGUUCUCAAAUCGUUUGACGAAUGAAAGAAAGACAGGAAAAGAGAGAGAGAGGGAGAGAAAGAAAGAGCGGUUGUAUGUGUUCACGCGUUUGUAUGUUUGAUUUGUGAAUGAUUUCAUUCGUCUGCUUGCCCGUGAAACUGUCCACUCACGAAAGAAGCACGUAUUGCGUCUAUAAGUCUCUGUUCUCUUGUUCUCGAGCGAAAGAAAAACGUAAAGAUUAACGAUAAAUGAUGAACAGAUGUAUAAUGGGAGGAUCACAUGGUGAUUCCUCGCAAAUUAUUACGAUUCUUACGUAUUCUUCUUCGUAUAUUGUAGAGUGAUAUAUCGCGCGAGACCAAGUAAAACAAAAAAGAAAAUAUGUGAAAAGAAUGAAAGAGACAGAGAAUGUGAUGUUUCAAUGUUAUUAUCGAAUGUUUGACAGAGAUAUGACAUUAUUGAUAGCCGAUAUACAUAUUAUAUAUAUAUAGAUAUAUAUACAUAUAUAUUAUAUAUAUACAAAUAAAUAUAUCCUUGUUCUAUUUCUUAAAAUAAUAUUAUUACGACAGUUGAAUCGAGUGUGCAAGUGAUUUAGCCACGUGAAAGUAUAACAGCAACACGUUAUAGCGCGCGUAUCUUCUUUUGAUUCAUUGAAUGUUAUAUACAUACAUACGGUGUGUCUCAAAAGAUUCCCUGUAUCAAAACGAAUCAAAAAGUUCUUUACCGUUUUGCAAUAUACUGCUCCGUUCUCGAGAUAUACGCGAUUAAAGAAUCGAAUCUUCGACUUCCGGUUCCUCAACGGCACCCCGGAAGUGCAAUCUUUAACCGCGUGUAUCUCGAAAACGAGGCUGCAGAUCGAAAAACGGUAAAGAACUUAUCGGUUCAUUUUGACACGGAGAAUCUGUUUCCGUGUUGUUUAACUUUUUUUGAGGCAUCUUGUGUACAUCGGUCAAAAAUUUGAGGCUAAUCACAACUAUUAUAUUUGUCGGAUAAAUUAGGAAACCGAAUACUUCUAUUUAUGAAAAUUUCUUCAAACAUAAUUCUUAAAUGUUAAAAGGCAAUGGUUUAAAAUUUUUGACCGGUAGUGUAUAUGUCAACGUUCGGUGGUAUGCAUGUCAGGAUCAAGGUAAAAUGGAUCAAUCUCGUCGAUCGUCUCGUUCAACCGGUCCAAAUGUUCAUCAGAAGGAUAUCUCCUUCGAUUUCUCUCAUCUUCGUAGCUGUCCAGCCUAGUUUUGUACAUAUUCAUCUCUUCUAUCGAGGCGACACGAUUAGGUCGUCGUUCAUCGUCGAACGAGCGACGAGAUCGAUAUUAAACCGUCGUGAAGUAAUGAAUUUAUUGAAUGAAGAUGAUCGUAAGGAUCGUUGAUAUGCCACUCGAAACGUGUGUCGUCGUUACUCUGCCAUGUGUAUCAGUGCGAUCGUUUCUAUUGUAAGACGACGUAACGUUUGUUAUUGAUAUUGUAACAGUGUACGUAUGGGAUGAAACAACAUAAACUUUCAAGGAGGUAUAAACUGAAUAGUUUUAAAUAGUACGUACUGUUGAAAUUUGCAAGUUUUUACGAAUUAGAAAUAAUGUUAUAACGAUGUUUCAAUCUUGUAUCGAAGACAUAUCUUCACGUUCGAAUUCAUACACCAGUGAUAUCGAUUUUUAUCCCAUGGUACUCUGAUUACAAUGUCGCGACGAAUUUCAGCGGGAAAGCAAGCAACGUAACCGAGUCUCUCCUCGAAUCGAGAGACAUCCUUCGAGCUUAUUGUUCGAGACUGCUACGCAGAAUCCUCUUUAGAGAGAACUUUGGACCAUUCCGCUCGAUGUGACACGCACGGCUCAGCGAGUUAAAUACACGCUCUUCUCGACUCGUGUUACGUAUCGAACAAUUUUCGAUGCGACAUUUUCUUCGCAUCAUUUCUAAAAUUUCGUAAUUGAGAUUCUUCUUGCGAUCGAAUUUACGAUAGCACGGUGAAGUAUUGAAAGAUUCAUUGAUUUUGGGAGCAAGGAUUCGAAAUAUCGAGACACGAGUCGAGAUUCUUAAUCGUGCAAAAAGAAAUAAAAAAUGAGUAUCCUCGUGUUCCUAGAUCGUUGUAGGAUCGACAGGAACGAAUCGACGUUUUGAUAUCCGCUUUAUAUCGUUUCCAUGUGACAACGUUUCUAAUUUUCUACGAGGAUUAAGGAGGACAAAAGAGGAAUCGGUGGAGGGAGACGCGACGAAGGAUUUUGUAGAAAGUAAUUAAUCCCGGAGGCUGACCAGCGACAAUGAAAUUUCUAUUUCGUACAGAUCGAAGGAGAAAACGUUCUGUCGCGCUGUGCCGAGGAAAUAUGAAUUUUAUCUUUGUUUCUUAAGAGAAAGGAAUACCUUAACGUCGACACAUCGACUCGAUCUUUAAUAUUCAUAAAUAUUCAUCGAUGUUGUCCGAGGUAUCUUCUGUUGGCUUUGUCGCAAAGAGGGAAAACGUUCCCUUAUUGUUCUUUAACGGUAUAUCAAACUCGAACAGCUAUGCAAAAAAGAAGAGGAACAAUCGUCUCGAUGUUCUAACAUUCUCUGAUAGAAUCGUUAAUUAAUCGAGUCACGCUCUGAUCGAUUAAUCCUUCGGGUAAAUCCGAUUUCCUCGGCACAGUCGUGCAACGGACUCGUAUCCUGAAAAGUAUGCCUCGUGAACGUUUACAAAGGGUAACUUCAUCCCCCUUUUUGAUUCACCUGUUACUAUAUACAGGGUGUCUGUCUAUUAUACGUAUAGCGAAAAGGUGUUGAUUUUAUAUUAAAAAUAAAUGAUGAAAUUUUUGUUACAUGCUACCUUUUAUUUGAGAGGAAGCUGGAUUUGUAACUUUGUUAGGUAUGGGUACAUUUCGCACCCCAUUUAAUUAUUAUCUUGACUCUUUUAACGCGUUGAAUUCCCUGGGGGUUCAUCAAUAGCAAACAGGAAAAAUUUGAGUAAUAUAAAAAAUGUUAUUCUAUAUUAUUUCAUUUAUUUUUCUUAGAAAGACACCCUGUAUAGGAGUAUAAACAAUCACUUUUAUACAAAUUGAUCGUAGGUUGAGCUUUUGUCGUCGUUUCACGAGGCUCGUUCGAUCAAGCGAAGCGUAUUUCAAGCGUCUUGUUUGUUCUUUCUUCAGGGACCUUUGCAAUUUUAUUCCUUUUUUUCUUUUAUUUGAAAGUAAUCAGGAGACAAUCGUUGGCAGCUAUUUCGAUGCAAUACAAUUGCGUUACGAUUUGUAUGUACCUUCAUUAACGAGCUUAUUGUUUUUUUUAUCCUUUUCUAUCAACUUAUUAUGUAUUAUUGUAUAUUAUUUCUUUCUCCAGACGAUGAUUGGUAAUUAUGUAAUUAAAAUUCUACGUGUUUUAAGUCGGGCUAUUCGAAUUUAUCGUCGAUCUCCAUUUUAUUUUUUACUUUUCGAAUAAUUAUUGUAAGGCAUCGCCUGAAUCGAACGUAAUUAAAAGGGAUUUCAUAGAGGAUCGAUUAAUCCUUUCGUGUUUUAAUUAUAAUUUUAUCUUUUGUAAUAGAUUGUCACUGUUUAGUUGCGAAAGGAUUCAUCGAUCUGGGUAUUUUUUUUUUUUUAUUAAAAUGAAUGAAUUUCGUCGAGAUUCAGCCUCGAAAAUGUAUGAACGCGUCCGAACGACUUUUUUAAAACACUAUGUCGCGUUUUACUAACGAUUUUUAAACAGAUUUUUACACAUUUUGUCGCCGGCCUAAGGAGCUGUCUGUACCAACGACACGCGAAUUGAACUCGAUCUUAUACACCAGUUCGAAGGAAAUAUUUGUGAAAUUUUAAUAUUAAAAUGUUCAUUAAGAAAUCUAUAAUUAUAAUCAAUUAAAUCUUUGCAAUCGUAUAUCCAUGAAUAAAUAUGUAACGUCUAAGGGGUUGUUACCAAUUCCAUGUACCAAAAUGAUUCGACCAAAAUUUUUCCACAGUAUAAAAAUGAAAAAAAAAAAAAAAUAGAAAUUGUUAUAAAAAUUGAAUCGAGUCAAUCGAGUUCAAUAUCCGUGCGAUCGAUCGUAAAAUCACCCAUAGCAAGCGAGUUCACCCCUUCACCGCGAUCAUCGUCACCGAUCAUCACUCGAGAAGACUGAUAGCAUACAAAAAGCUGAGUGAUUACAUCAGAACGACUCCAUUAUUCUACUUGAAAGAAAAAAAGAAAAUAGCAAGAAACGAACGAAUAAAAGGAAGAAAAGAAAUUGAAAGUAAACCACGGAGAACGAACGAGUUUCUUCGAGGUACAAACAGGAUUUCGUCGACAUGAAAGGACGAUUAUUAAAAAAUAAAAAAAGAAGAAGCCAAAAGAAGAUGGAAAUGGGAAAAACGUCAUGAAAACUCUCACCUGUUCUCAUAUGUACAUGUGAAACACGUGGCUCAUACCAUACGUACACAUAAACAGACAUACAUACACACGUAUACGUACAUGAAGAUAGAGCGACACUGCGCAUAACGUAUAGAAAAGAACAAAAAAAAAAAAAAAAUAACAAUGAUAGGCUACAGUGCUGCAAGUACACGUAUUUAAAAAUAAAAAAGAAAAUUUAAACGAGCAUUAAAAAUAAGCAUGGAUGUGCAUUUUAGAUGUAUUAGAGGAGUUUCACCACGCAUUUAGUAUUAAUUGUAACAUGUAGCUCCGACGCGGGGGUGAGAAAGGGGAUGAUCAGUGGAACGAUUGAUUUUCUUAAUUUUUUAAUGAAAAAUUAUUUCCUUACUAUUUUUCUUUUCUAUUCGGUUUCAUAUCAUUUAAAUUUUCUUUAAAUAUAGAAUUGAAGUUCUAUUUUUAUUAUUUUUAAUUACUCGAGUAUAUUAAAUUUGUGGCUGAUCUUUAUCAUAGCCAACGUGUUAAUUAAUUUCUAAAUUGGCUGUUUGAUAUUAAAAAAUUUCGUAGAUUUUGUCCAAAGGAUCAUCCCCUGGUUUCUCUUCCCUUCAGAGAAACGCGGUGGGGAUAAUAUUAUCAUCGUCAUUCGAUCAUUCUCAUCAUCAUCGUCGUUUUUUUUUUUUUUUUUU